GCAGGAGCCGCGGCGUGGUGGCGGGAGCGGCUGCAGCGGCUGCAGCUCCGGCGGGAGGAGGCGAGAGCGCGGCCGGGCAGAAACCACUGACGCGUGAAGAUGAAACCAUGAAGAGAAAGCAGAACGAAUAAUAAUGCUUUUCCGAAACCGGUUUCUGUUCUUGCUGGCUUUGGCAGCCUUACUUGCCUUUUUGAGCCUCAGUCUACAAUUCUUGCAUUUAAUCCCAGUGAACCCUAUCAAGGAAGAUGGGUUGAAUCCUAAGAGCCGAAAGAGAAUAAUGCCUGAUUUGCUGACAGAACCUCCUGCAAUAGAUCCUGUUUACGAAGCUCGUGUUUACUGCAAUAUUCCUACUAUUGCUGAACGCAGCAUGGAAGGUUAUGCACCCCAUUAUUUUAAGCUAGUGUCAGUUCAAGUGUUGAUUCGACAUGGAGAUAGAUAUCCAUUAUAUGCCAUUCCCAAAACAAAAAGACCUGAUAUUGACUGUACAUUGCUGCCUAACAGGAAACCUUCUCAUCCUCAGCUGGAAGCUUUCAUUAAACACAUGUCCAAAGGCUCUGCAGCCCAAAUGGAUGGAACCCUAAGCAGCCUGCCUCGUUACCCUAGUCAUUCUCUUUGUGAAAUGGGAGAGCUUACACAGACUGGUGUCGUACAGCACUUGCGAAAUGGACAACUAUUGCGAGAAAUUUAUAUAAACAAACAUAAACUGCUUCUGAAUGACUGGACGGCAAAACAGCUCUACUUGGAGACAACAGGAAAAAGCCGAACCCUGCAGAGUGCACUGGCGCUGCUUUACACCUUUUUACCAGAUUUUGACUGGAAAAAAAUUAACAUGAGGCAUCAGUGGAGCACUAUUUUUUGUUCUGGAAGCUGCGACUGUCCUAUGCGGAACCACUACCUAGAAGAGGAACAGCGCAGGCAGUACAGCUUACGGGUGAAGAAUGGUGAUUUGGAGAAAAUAUAUGUGGAUAUGGCAAAGAUUGUUGGCAUUCCUACCAGGCAGUUGAGAGCCUCUAACCCAAUAGAUUCUCUCUUGUGCUAUUUUUGCCACAAUGUCAGUUUCCCCUGUACCAAAACUGGCUGCAUUGGUAUGGAACACUUCAAAGUAAUCAAAAGACAUCAGUUGGAGGAUGAGAGAGAAAGACAGGAAAAGAAACUCUAUUUCCUGUAUGCCCUGUUGGCUACUCACCCUCUCCUCAACCAGACUGUUAAUCGGCUUCAGCGAAUUGCAGAAGGCAAGAAAGAAGAAAUAUUUGUUCUUCACUCUGCGCAUGAUGUCACGUUGUCACCUGUUCUUAGUGCCUUGGGCAUUACAGAGGCCAGAUUUCCACGAUUUGCUGCCAGAUUAGUUUUUGAGCUGUGGCAGGAUGGGAAGAGACCCAAAGAACACUUUAUCCGCAUCCUGUAUAAUGGUGCUGAUGUCACAUUCCAGACCUCAUUCUGCAAGGAUUAUUAUAAACGUUCCAGCAAGCCAAUGUGCCCGCUAGAAAAAUUUGUUAGCUUUGUGAAGAGGGAUAUGUUCUUAGUUUUUAACAGCACUAGUUAUUAUGAUGCAUGUCGUAGAAGACCACUGUAGGGAAGGAAAGUGAAACUGUUAACUUCUGUGUAGGUGAAAGUCUGUAUUCUGGUUGAGGCGCGUUUCAGUUCUGUUGUUUGUUGACAAAUGAUAUCGCUUGGGACACUCUUCAGUUUCCUUUUCAUUCAAGCUGUAGAUGGUCUCCAGUAGAAGAACAGAUACUGUGGAAGUGUUUUGUCUGUGUUAACUAUCAUGCAUUGAUAAACCAUGUGAGCUACUGUAAUGUUGGACUUUGCUUGAUAGAGUGAGAGAGCACAGAUUUCAUUUCCCUGUAUUCCAGAGCAAUACUUGCACACCACAAGUUUAAAAACAAAGCAUUCUUUUUUCACCAUUAUCUUGUAAUCAUAUAAGCAGCUGUAUCAGGAUAUUUAUAAAAACUCAGACAUCUGUUUGUAGGACAUUCUGGGUGCUCCCUACUCAGAAAGCAUUUUAAUAUUUAGGAACAGGACUUUAAAGUAAAGUGCUUGGUUAUACCUGAGCAUGUACAAAUGAGUGUGUGCCUUUCUGACCUCACAGACCUACAGAUACAUACUUAUACGUUGCCUGUGCCAGAGAAGGGUGUACUGGAAGAUGUGUGCAAAACUCUGUUCUCUGACUGCACUUUUAGCACUUUGAACAAUACAAACACAAUCUACAAAUACGUAAUGGUCUUGUAUUAAAAUAGGUAACAAACACUAAUAUUACCACUAAAUCUGAAUGGGAAAUUAGGAUUAUGAAUCAGUUUUACAGUGAGGUGUGGGCUUUUUCCCAUUGUGAACAUGCUCAAGCUGCCGUGCUAUAAACAAAUCAGUGUUUUUGGAAUUUGAUAUAGUGGCUGCUUGAGACAGCUUGGCUAAACACUAAGAAUUUUGUAGCUGAUUUUAGUAUUUUUAUGGGCUAGGAUGCUCUUAUUUUGUAUGAUCAGACUUGUGUACCUACUACACUGUGUAAAUUUAUGGCACAGUAGAUCUUUCAUACUUCAGUUUGUAAAGAGCUGUGAAAGGCUGACUUCCAGACAUUUUUUCCCUUGAUCAGGAUGUACAGAUUUAAGAAUAAACUGUCUUUUAUUGGUAACCCGAACAGUGUGUAGGUAUGAGAACUUGUAUUCAAACUGUUUUCAUCUCUUUAGGAACAGUAAAUUGAGAAAUAGUUUUUAAUAGAAGCGAUAGACAUUUUAUAAUUCUGGAGGGUGGGUUUUUUACACUUCUAGAAAUAAAGUAGUCUGUGACUCGUGACUCAGUGGUGCUAGUUUAUAAAAAAAAACAAAAAAACAAAAAAACCCCUCAUAAUUAAGCAUAGGUCUCUAACUGUUGAUAUUUCACUCUCUGUUUUCAGUGCUGCAUUUGAAUGUAUUUCUUUAAAUAAAAUUGUAGGGACUCUGUGAA